AUGGCUUCUCACAGAAAUAAUCAACUAGCAACUCCAGGAUACUCAACGCCUUCAAGAGAAUACGCAGAAUCCAGAGGCCACCCAAGAAGGAGAAAAUUCGAAGAUUCAAAUUCUCCUUUAAGAAUCAGGCCUUUUGAAGACUGUGAAGACGUUUUUUCGUUUAACAAAGAAGUGGCGGCAAGACUUGAAAUGCAAAGAAAAGCUGAAAGAGAAAGAGAAAUGAAGCAAGAAAUCUUGCAGAAAAUCAAGGCGCUGGACCAAGAAACCUGGCUAUUUAAUAUACCAGGAGCAUGUUUUUGUCCUAGAUAUUCGAAUUUAUAA